UCCUUCGUUAGGCAUUUUUUAACCCAGGUAUUUGUGGAACGCCCCUAUUCAAACCACGUGACCUUUUCGUCACAGCCCGAUUGGCCGAGCAGUCGGGACAAGGAAUGCGACAUUCAUUUUCCCCAUUCACACCUGGUCCCGUUGGAUAUUUCGUGGAAGUCGCAAAUGACCAGGACAAGUCGGAGUGUUUUAUGAUCGCGGGUGAGGAAUGUCGACCCGACCCUGACAGGGGACAGUAGCUGAAAUAUGGCCGCGCGUGUGUGUCACCGUGUGCGUGUGUGUGUGUUUGUCUAACGUGUGAGACGUAGGGCUGGAUACCUGAAGGAUUUCCGCACACAGGUGUUUUCGCGAUGGACGACCAGGACUGGCUUACUAACACCGGGGCCUCGGCCGGAGAUGGGGCCUUCGAACGGUUUCUCACGGCUGCCAUCGCGGCGAUCAUAACAAUAAUGUUUUCAUGGAGGCUACUGGCACAGGAGGAAGACCGCGCGCUCGAGCCGAUGGGCGCGGUGGGUGGGGCGCCGUCUGUCGGCGGAAAGCCCGUCCCCCGGAUUGUUAUUAAAAAAGCAAUCACCAUGGCCAAAGCCGCGGGGUAUACGGACGAGACAAGACAAUUAGAGACAUCGAUUCUAGGCAAAACAAUGAAAGGAGAAGAUACGGACGAGUCGCUGUCGCUUACCUGUACAGGUAAGACCGAACCUCGUGACCUAGUUAGCGAGGAAUUGAUUACGUGUUGGGAAGAAGGCCAAACAAAUAACGACUUGCGCGCGGGUCAACCGUCGCCUGUUGAACAUGGGGGAGUCGCCGGCGAACAAAUGAUGGGUCAGAGUGAAUACAGAACUAUCCUGGAUGAUAACGACUACCAGUCUUUCGAUCCGUCGGUUCCGGAAUUUGACGACAGCAUAGAGCCGAGAGAGCUGGAUUCCGAGGAGGAAAUGUUCUGCUGUAUGAUGCUGGAGACGAUUAUGGAAGAGGAUUCCGACGAAAUUCACAGUUCCAGCAGUGACGCCGAUUCCCGCGAUAGAACCGACUGGAACUGCAUCGAGAUCAUCAACCCCGGGGAGAACUACGACUCCCCUGUCGAUUACGACGAAGGCUCGUCCGUCGACGACGAUUCCAUGUAUGCAAACGUUAGCACCGAGAGUGUUGACAAACUCGAAGCCGGUGCAGAACCAGACGGUGUUUACGAUGUGCAUACAGAUGACACACAAUUUCCGGGAGAUGAAGCGGAUGACAGUAAUUCCGAAGGCAGUGAUGAAUCUGUAAUAACCGUUGUUACCAGACAGUCGUCGGACGACAGUGAAAGUCCGACGCAUAAACACUUUGACUUUCAGCACUUUCCAAGCGCAGACAGUUCACCGCAUAGGUCAUCUGAAAACAUUCAUAUGAGAAUAGAUAACAGCUCCGUUAUUGUUGUUACUACCACUGCUGAUAAUAAUGCAUAUUAUGUACAUGCCCCGCCAGCUGAAUGUGAUUUAGAUAACGGAGCAACCGCUCUGCAGGAAAAUGUCCCAACAGAAGACAAUUACCCCGAUGAACAAACCGCUGACAAUACAGGUAGCAGUUCAUUAGGCAAGGUACUAGAAUCCCCGUCAGUUAAUUCAGAAUUACCUAAGGCUAGUGUGAUUUUCACAGAGGGGUUAAAUACUCGUGUCAACAGUUCUGCAGACGAGAAACGUCACGAUGUAAACAAAGGGCAAUGGCAAACCUGUGAUAUGAAUAGAAAUGUUGAGCCGCUGUUGGGUGCAUGUACACCAAAUAUGACAAACAAUGAAAUGUAUGUGGACCGAACGGAGGAGAAAAUCAGCAUCGCGGUAAAUAGGGGAAGUCUCAAAGGGGGCGUAGAUGACGUGAAAUCACCACAACAGACCGAGUCUAGCGGUUUAAGAUACUAUGAUGCGAGAAUAUCAUCUGCUGUAGAGACAAACCCACUUGGGUUCAUACUGUCUAGAUAUGAAUCCGAAAUUACCAAGUAUGAAGAAAACUUUUAUAUAACAGACAACAAUACGUCUUACCAUGAAGUUAAAAAUGUUUCCACUAAAAAAGUCUUUAUUCGUGAUAUUGAUGGAGAAAGUAUGAGUUCAAAUCCCAAUGUGCAAAAUGUCAAUUACGAUGUAGAAAUUCCGGUUCAAACUGAACAAGUUAAAGUCAGUAAUGAUGAGAACACUGAAGACACAAAUUUAAAAUUUUCAGAUUAUGUUACUGUUGACAGUGACACCCAGGAGCAAUAUGAAAGUAAAAAUGUCUGCAAUGAUACAGAAGAUGAAAGCACUGUUGACAUUUUAAACAAAAGUAUCGACGAAGGAGACGAUGAAAAUGGUUCUGACGAUGAUGUGUGGACGGUUACAGAAACUGUUCAAGUUGUUAACGUUGUAAAAACUCCAGACGGCAAUAUUUUUUUCCCCAGCAUUUCAAGUUCUGGCUCAGACACCCAUGAUCGACCUAUUCCUAAAAAACGAACAAUUUUCUCUGAAACUGAAUCACUUUGUGAUAAGCCUGAAGCAUCCAGUUCCACAUCGGGUGCUGACGUAGAACUUUUUAAUCCAGAUGAAAACACCGAGAGCUUUAGACCUCUGAUCGAUUCCGAGGACGCAGAAAGAGUGGCAUCCAGUGGAGGAAGUAUCUCAGUUGACGGUGACGUCAUACUGUCUGGUUCCCACUUGAGUCAGAAACCUGGACGGAUGUUGUUCCUGGACGAAAUAUAUGAUCCACAUGAAAACAAAAUGUCUUCCUUUGAUGACGUGUUCCAUUACGAAACAUCGCCAAGAAUCUUCAAGCUUUCAACUGGUGCAUCUAUCUCACUGCCAUCGUUGUUACAUGAUGAAUAUUAUAAAAGAGGCAGCAGGCCCUUGUCUGAAUCUUCACCAAAGCAGGCCAGCUGUGACGUGCUGGAAGGACCUAUUAUUGACCUGACAGAAAAUCCCAAUUUUUAUAAGACAAUUCGUAAACUGCGUUACUCCGAAUCAGGUGCCAGACCCGCUUCCCCCAGCAAACAGUUGGAACGUGUUGGUACACCAGCAGCUCUGCCACCUCGAACAGACGAACCAACAGCUGUAGUACAGUCACCACAAAUACCUGAAUCACCACAGGUGAAACCUCCAUUUCCUGAUUCUAAGACUCCCGUUUUCGAGAAAUCACUCGUUAUUGCAAGUUCGCCAGUUAUUGCCAGCUCACCAGUUAUUGCGAGUUCCCCAGUUAUUGCAAGUUCUCCAGUUAUUGCCAGCUCACCAAUUAUUGCCAGCUCACCAGUAAUUGCAAGUUCUCCAGUUAUUGCCAGCUCACCAGUUAUUGCAAGCUCCCCAGUAAUUGCAAGUUCUCCAGUAAUUGCAAGUUCUCCAGUUAUUGCAAGUUCACCUCUUAUUGCAAGUUCUCCAGUUAUUGCGAGUUCCCCAGUUAUUGCCUGCUCACCAGGUAUUGCAAGUUCUCCAGUUAUUGCCAGCUCACCAGUAAUUGCAAGUUCUCCAUUUAUUGCAAGUUCACCAACUGUUACAAGUUCAUCUCUCGACGAGAACACAAAAUAUAUAAAAAUAUCAUCACCAGAAUCACCUUUGCGAUUGAUCAUACCAGAUCAGAGUCAAGGUAGUGCAAGCAUUCCAGAAUCAAGAAUGGCUAAAUCAGCGACACCUGAACAGUUUGUAAGAUCACCAACAAUUACUGAAUCUCCAAAAGUUGUAAAAUCACCAGUUCAGGUUGAAAGUUCACCAAGUGUAUCUUUGACAAAUGAUAAACUAAGUGAAAAAGCAGCAGCAGCAGCAGCAGCAGCAGCUAUUGACGAAUCUCCUGUCGUGUCAUCUUCACCAAGUAUUGACGAAUUUCCCGUGUUCUCAUCUUCACCUCGUGCACAAGACACGUCCUCUUUAUCAGAGUCUUUUGAUGCUGAAGACGUUUCAUCUACAACGCCAAGAAAGCAGUACAGGAGUAUGAGAGAGCUCAAAAGAAAACUUGCCCAAAAUAAAGCCUACAGAUCUGCUAUUCAGAACUCGGCUGACAGACCAAAUAUUGGAUCUUUUCUUCUACCAGAUAUGCUUAUGUCGCCUGCAAGAAUGAAAAUACUUGCCUCGCGACGAAGGUUUCUAAGUGAACAGAACCUAGCAUCUGAUGGGGCUCAGGGAAAGUUUGAUGAUUAUAAACAGUCAGUGGUAUCACACCCACCAAGACGGCUGUACAAAUCACCUCGCCGUCCCAGUAGCAACAGUUACAGUAGCCAGGGCAGUCUCGAACACAUUUCGUUGUUGUAUCCAUCAUUCUAUUAUGACGAAUCAAUCGAUAAACCACACAUCGACGAACUGCAUGCCAACUGUAUAUUUACCCCAGAAGGUAGAAAAGAUAUCCUUGACAAAACGAUGUCAAUAGAAAACCUUGCGUUAGAUUUGAAUGCACAUUUGCGGCGAUUCGGCUCGGUUACGUCACUAGUUGAAACUGACCUUGACACUGGGGACACCUCGGUUAGGAAGCCCUUCCCAGAAACCGAUCUUGAUUUUUGGUUUUCUUUACAGGAUCAUCAGCCAAUAGAAAGAGCAGUCAGCAUGACAGACCUGCGCUCAGAGCGACCUUCUGCCAGAAAACACGGCAAGGGUAGGUUCGCUGACCGGCAUGUUCCAAAAUCCAAAAGUCUUCAGACUCUGGAGACUAACUUGGAUGAAGAAGCAGAUACCCUGAAACGCAUGCCAUCUGUGCACGAACUUAGAAUAAGUAAGUCUUUGUCAAGGUUAAAUGUUCCAGACUGGUUCAAAAAUUCGAGUUUGUCGAAAUCCGGAAGCUGUCUGCUGCGUCAUGAUUCGACAUCGACUAUGUCAUCGUGGGGCUUCAGUCCCAGCAUGACCUCUUCGCCUUGUCCUUCCGUGGGACCACAGAGCAGUUCGGUGGUUAUCAAAACAAGAGUCUCCCCGUCAAGUAGCAUGAGGUUAUUCAAAUCAACAAAAUUCCCAACUGCUAAGCAGUCUGAAACCAAACUGGACAGUGCAAAAGUUCAAUCUGUUAAAUUACCAAGCGACAAAUUUAGGACUUCUGAUAAAAACAAGUCACUUAACAAAAUUCCAAUAGUGCCUUUUGCACAGAUCCGUGCGAUGUUCGAAGCAAAAGCAGCUAAUGCCCGGGCUGAUGCGGAAAAAUCUAGUAAGGAUGAGACUGUGUCAAAAACAAAGGUUCGUCCCGCGAAUGUACCAACAGUUACAAUCUCGCCAAGUGACAUUGUUCAGUUAGAGGGAAGUCCAAAGAGGCCGAGGAGUCCCGAGGAAUCUGAUCGCACCAAGAAACCAAAUAGUCCAACAGGCAAAAUUGCAUUCUUUGAAAGUCUGAGAACUAAAGAACCAGAAAAGAAACCACAGGAGUCGAGUUCGUCAUCAAAGCAGGUACCUAUUACUAGGCGUCUUGACGCGUAUCGUUCACAAACAACAACAUCCCAAACCAUCAAACGUACUGAGCCCCUUACAUACAGUACGGUGUCUAAGCCUUUGUCAAAACGCAAGGAAAUCUUUCAGAACACCACCCCAACCAUCCAAGCCCCCAUUAGUAGCUUUAGCAGUAGUAGUUCACGCUUAGAACCCUCAACCAAUGGUUUAUCCUCCCCUGUAAUACCAGAUGCUCCACAAGUGAAAGCCCCCGCUGUGAUAUCGUUAGAAACUGCACCAACGGUAAGAGCUCCUGUAGAAUCGCCAGUAAUCAAACAAGAAGGCAAGUCGGCAUUUCAGCCUGUUGUCGCGAGACAUGUAGAAAGUGCUCCUGCAGUAAGAGCUCCUCCGUUGGUAAAAGCGUCCCCAACAGUUCAAGCCCCUCCAACAGUGCAGAUUGACGUUUCGCCCCAGAUAUCGAGUGUACCACCAGCAGCAAAAGAAUCACUCAAGCCGGUCUUGAUGUACAGCAGCAGGACAACGUCGGCAGAAGUGAACGGAAGACCAGUGCCCAAAGCGCGAACAGGACAGAGGCCGGGAGACCGAGAACUCGUAAAAGAAACAGACACUGUGUCCAUGCCCAGAACUGAGCCCGGGAAAGAAUACAUACACAAAAUUCAGCCAGGACCAGAACAUUUCAUAGAAAACAACUCCCAGAUUAAUACGAAAAACGAGUCUAAGUCAUUUCCUGUCAGGGUAGGUAAUCAAAGAGAGAGCCUGAAUGCACCUUUACAAUCUUCAACUGUAGCCUUCCCAAGACCACGAGCCGGUGUUCCUGUCCCACCUAGAAGUCAUAAAGAAACCACUGUUUAGAUACGACGAGGACUCGGCAAGUGUCCCCAGCUGGACUGAAACAGCACAGUGUUACUCCUAUCCUCUUCUUUCCUUGGGAAACCAGUCUAGUUAUGGUGCUGUGAGGGAAUCCUCGCCUACAUU